CCCCUUGGCAGCAAAUUGGUGCUUGUGAACGCUCAUAUCAUUCAGCGCACACUGGUGAACUUCCCUGUUGUUUGGUGCCAUUGGGCCGUCCCCAUCCUCUCGUCCGACCCGACAACUGGGAGCUGAGCUGCGGGCCUAUGCGGCGUAUGGCUUGAACCUUAAGCGAAGAGUUCAAUGACUUGACUUGAGACCUUAAUUGACUUUACUACGCGCAAUCCCAGCGUUCUCAACAGCGUCCUGCACCAACUUCCGCACACAACUCUUGACAGUGAAGGCAGUGACUAAGAAGCCAUAUUGAAUAUGAAGCGCGCAGUACUCUAGGGAGGCUUGUCGCAAUGUCGCACAGCCCAGCGCUCAGAGUCAGAACUUUGGCGUCGGUCCAGAAGUCGCACCCUUGACCUGCAAACGGGAGCACAGUGAUCCUUCGAAAAUGGCUAUGUGGCCGUCGGUAGGCAGGGCCCUAGCGCCGGCGACCCUGCAGCGACUGAGCACAUUGGUAUGCCUUUUUGUCGUUACGACGGCGUCUAAGCGGCAACUGUUUCAGCAAGACGACCUCUCCGUGGCGCCCGUAGUAAUUGACGAGAGUAGCUGCGCUACCUUCACAGCAGAUGAGUACAAUCCGCUCGUAAACGCCAAUGGAUCCAUAAUGGGCUUCAUGACGGUCCGCUCAAGCGGGGCUACGUCUGUUUCACAGGAGGAGUUGCUUGAAGUCAGCAUCCAGCUGCGCGAGUCCUCGGGUCUUUAUUUCGCGAAAGCUCCCUCGGCCGAUGCCGCUGGUAACGUGGUGGCGGUGACCACUCGCUUCCUGCCGGAUGCCUGCCCCAUGGUGACUCAUGCGAUCUCGUCUGAGGCGGCCACUGCCGACUGCGCGGGCCGCAAGACCAAGCUGGACUUUGCGGUGCCUCUGGAGCUGUUCAACUGCUCGGCUUACGUACUUGAUGACUUUUUCAGGGGCUUCUUCGUGCAGCUGCGCGUGUACGUGGCAACGGAGCCGUGUGCGCCGCCCACCAGCGUCAUCUAUGCGGGGCCCCCCGUGAACGCGCUGGACGGGCAGCAAGGCUGCACCUACGCCGCCAUCACCGGCGGCUGCAAGCCCUCGACCUGCCUGGGAUGGAACACCGAUCUGGCCGCGCUGCAGGCCGCGCAGCUGGCAGCCACAAAAGGCACCCCCGCGGAGCAGCCUGUGGCGCCGACGUCGCAGAAGGAGCAGUGGAAGACCAUUGUGCCGGCCGUGGUGGGCGCCGCAGUCGGUGCGCUGGUGGUGGCAGCGAUCGUGGCGGUGGUGCUGUUGCGCAGCGGCGGCAUGCUGGGCGGCAAGCGCCGGCGCGAGGCCGCGGGCGGCGGCCGUCGUGUCAAGCGCGGUGGCGGCGGCACGGAUGGCGCCCGCGGGGCGGACUGCGACAGCGGCGACUACGACCAAUUCGCAGACGCGCUGCAGCCUCACGGCCACUAUGAUGAGGACCUGAUGGCGUCGCCGGGGCCGCGUGGCAUGGACCUGAACGACGAGGAGCUGCUGAAGGCGGAGCGUCGCAGCGCGGCACCGUACGACUACGACAGCGAGGCCGAGGGAGGCAACGGCCGGCUGGACAGCACGCUUAUGUCGCCCGCGACGCACGCGCGCACACUGGGGCUAAGCGGCGGCAGCCAGAUCUUCUGGGGGCUUUCGGGCCACUGGCUGCGCUCGCCGCGCUUUGGCGGGCUAGGCGCCAGCGGCACGGGUGGCGAGAUGACACGGCUGCGGCCGCACGGGGGCCUGGACUCGGCGGCCGCGUCACCCACCGUGCCCUCGUCUCCGGGCGUGCAUUUCGUGCGCAUGCGCGCGCACGGGCGAGAUGACACGGUCAGCCGCAGCGCGGCGCUGCUGCCCCGGCCGCACCGCCGGCCGAGCAUGGCGGCGGGCGCAACGGCGGCCGCUGCGCAGAGCGGCGUGGCAUCGCCUGAGAUGGGCGGCACGAGUGGCGCCGGCGGGCUUGGCUACGGCGGUCCAUACUACCCUGGUGGCGCGGCGACCAAUGCAGCGCGUACCGUGUCGACCGCGCCGAACUCCCCGGGCAUGGCGGCAUUUGACGGCGGCUCGGCAGCGCGUGCGGCUGCGGUGGCACGCGCAGCGGCGGCAUCGAUGGCUGCUUACUCCGCUGCAAACGCCGGGGGAUUGCGGGGUUCGCAGUGGGACCGGCGUGAGCGGGCGGCGCACGGGGAGCUGGUGUCGGAGCACUCGCCUCCGAUCCGUCGGCACGGCAGCGUCGUUGAGAGCGGCAUGGGCUCUGCCGCCGCCCACGGCGGCACCUCGCGUCUGGCGCAUGAGACUCGGCCGUCAGCGGCCUUGGAGGCAUCGGCCUCUGCAGCUGCCGCGGCGCAGGCCGCACGUCCGCGCCAGCACCGCACUAGUGCACCUGGGAGUGGCGAACUGGACGGCUUGCCGACAUGGAGCGAGCCCGCCGGCGCCGCGGGCGCUCGCGGCAGCGCCCCCGUCGACUUUUGCAACGAUGCCGGCCACUCACCGACCGGGGCGCCGCGCAACAGCAGCCCCUACGCCGCGCCGCAUGGCGCUGCCGCUGCCGGUCGUGGUGUGUACCUCGACAGCUACAACAGCCCGCAAAUGCACUCGCGCUCCGCUGCAGACGCAGCGGCGGGCACGGCCCUGGCUGUGUCGGCCGGAUGCAUCCAGGGCAGCCCACCGCACCAAGCCGCCCACGAUGCACCGUCAGGGCCCGUGUCCACAAGCGCCAGCAUCACCACGGCUCCGUACAGCCCACCGGGCUUACCGACAGGCGGUGGUGAUUACGGCAGCAGCUGCCUGGGUGCUGGGCCCUCGCCUGCGCCGAGUAGCACCGGUGGGCGGUACGCUGCGCAUCCACGCGCCGCUGGCGCCCCCGGCGGUGGCGCUGUUGAGAUGGCGGGGCGCCAGCGCGCCGCCACAGACACCGGAGAGGGGUUGCUGAUGUCGCGGCAGCCGCGGGAGGCGCGGACCAGCGCCUCCGGCGUCCCAACCGGCGGCGCCCGGGGCGCGUGGACGGCGCUAUGGGGUGGCGGCGGCGCCAGCGCCGGCACCACCGCAUCCGGCGGCGGGUCCACCGGCUGGGCGCUGCCGCCGUCGUCGAAUGCCUCGACGGAGCCGCAGGUGCAGGUUACCGUGGAGUCAGCGGCAACGGCGGCGGCGCCGCCAAGCCCCAACCGCUCCCGCUGGCUCGCACGGGCGCCGCCGCCGUCGCGGCUGGGCCGUGUACAGCAGCCCCUGGAGCCGGCAGCGGGCGUGGUGUACGGCCGGUCGAUCACCGGCUCGCCGGACCGGCUCGUCGCAGCCACCGAGCCGCAGGUUGCGGUGGUCCUGGAUGGGGAGGAAGGCGGACGCGCUGGCAACAGCACGAACAGCAGCGGCGUGCGUGGGCGGAUGGCGGCCGCGCUGCGUGCUCGCUCCAGCCGGAACGGGGGCUUUGAGGCACCGCCGCGGCGCUCGGCCCCGGGAAUGGGCACACUGGACGAGCUGGGGACGGCGGCGCCAACAGUCGCCAUUUCGCUGCAUGGACCGGAGGGCCCUAACUCGACCGGCGGCGGCGGCGGCCUUCUGUCCCACAUCGCGCGUGUUGUUAGCGGCAUUCGACAACCGGCACUGGGGCAAAGCGAGUCGGGAUUGAACGCUGGUGCUAAUGCCGGUAGCACCGGCGCUGCUGCCGGCACCGGCACAGUGCGGGGCUUGUUCGGGCGCAGUCCGCAGUCUUCAGAGGAGGAGAAGCAGGCGUAAGCAUGCGCAUUUUAGCGGAGUUGGAAGGUUGCAACCUGGACCUGGUGAAAGGCACGAUAUCCAAUGCGCAUUUGCUUCUGUAGGAUGCUUAAUAAUGCACGUACACCUCGAGAAUGGGGGUUCGUAUUGGCGCCCAGUGGCGCUUCUUGAUGUUGUCUGUCGCAGGUGUCCGCGGCGCCGCGGGGUCGGGUUUUGAUUGGGUGGGUGGUACAGCUGCGCUGUAUUGCAUGUUGUGAUUAUACGCGACAGGAGGAGGGAGCGCAUCAGCUCAACCCUCGUGAAUUGAGGUGCUGGAUUCCCGCCAUCAUGUCAUGCCCCGAGGCCGGGGCGCAACGCGCCGGCUUGUGCCAGCCCCGUCGGUCAAGCCGGAUGCACGGCAGCGUUCAUCUUAUGCUGGGAAUGUUUCACUGCCGCGGUUCAGUGGAGUAUGAGACAACCUGGGCCCAUGGAAGAGAGGUGGUGCACGGGCGGUGCCCUCCCUCCCCUGGGUGGUGCCUGAAGACUGAAGUUCAAAUGACAAAGGAUUACGCUGCUGGGUUGUUAUUGGUAGGGACAGCGGCUGUUCGUGAGCCGGAGAGGUAUGGUGCAGGUGUUCAACAGCCGGAGAGGUGUCAGAAAGGAGUUUGCGUCGCCGCAUACCCAGGGAUUGGGCACAAGUUACCCGGAUGCGGGCUCCCCCCCAACCCCCCCGGGAAGGGGUAGUUGGCGAGAUUUGGGGACCGCUGGGCUGGGGGUUCUGAAGGUGUACGCAGUGGCAGAGGAAGAGCGCAUGUAAGAUGACUAGCAG